CUGUCGUCGAGACAAGUUCUUGUUUUUAGUACGUUAUUUUGGGUUGAAACUGAAUACAAAAAAAUUGAUACACGAUCAGACCUAAUAUUGUGCAAGUGUUUUACUAAAGGUUGACAAGAACCAGAUAUCGUCGACAAUAUGGGUGAUCUUUUUCGCAGCGAAGAGAUGGCCUUGUGCCAAAUGUUUUUGCAACCGGAAGCAGCGUAUGCCACAAUUGCGGAAUUGGGCGAGAGGGGCUGUGUACAAUUUCGUGACUUAAAUACGCAAGUCAAUGCGUUUCAACGAAAAUUCGUUACCGAGGUUAGACGGUGUGAUGAACUGGAACGACGCAUUACCUACAUUGAGCACGAGCUAAAAAAAGACGAAAUAACCUUGCCGUUAUUAAUGGAUGAAGAGCCAAAUGCACCGAAUCCACGCGAAAUAAUUGAUUUUGAAGCGCAACUGGAGUCCAUUGAGAACGAAUUACGUGAACUUUCGCAAAACGAAGUUAAUCUUAACUCGAACUUCAUGGGCAUGACUGAGUUGGAGCAAGUUUUAGAAAAUACUGCUGGUUUCUUUUCAGAUCAGGAGGUUCUCAAUUUGGAUACUAGUCGCUUUGUUGCCACUGAUGCUGAUCCAUCGCUAGCGCAGCAGCGCGGUCAAUUAGGUUUUGUUGCCGGUGUAAUUAAGCUGGAGCGAUUUUUCGCUUUUGAACGUAUGUUGUGGCGCAUAUGUCGUGGUAACAUAUUUGUUAAACGCAGCGACUUAAGCAGCAUGAGCAAGGAUCCAGAAACUGGUCACAUGAUUUUAAAAACUGUUUUUGUUGCAUUCUUUCAAGGAGAGCAAUUAAAAUCACGUAUUAAGAAGGUCUGCUCCGGAUUUCACGCAUCGGUAUACCCUUGUCCAAGUGCACAUGCUGAACGAGCGGAUAUGAUUAGAGAUGUGCGUGUACGAUUGGAAGAUCUAAAAUUAGUUUUAAAUCAAACCGCAGAUCAUCGUAAUCGUGUUUUAGUUGCAGCUUCAAAGAAGUUACCAGUCUGGUCUAUAAUGGUCAAGAAAAUGAAAGCUAUCUAUCAUACACUAAAUCUAUUUAAUAUGGAUGUGAGUAGCAAGUGUUUGAUUGGUGAGGCUUGGGUGCCGUCGCGUGACUUGCCCAUAGUUCAGAACUCCUUGUCUAAGGGCUCUGCUUCAGUUGAUAGUUCAAUACCAUCAUUUUUGAACGUUAUUGAGACAUCGGAAAAUCCGCCAACAUAUACACGUACAAAUAAAUUCACAAGCGGAUUUCAGAACUUGAUUGACUCAUAUGGUGUUGCAUCAUAUCGUGAAGCUAACCCUGCAUUGUACACGUGCAUCACCUUUCCAUUUUUAUUUGCUGUUAUGUUCGGGGACUUGGGUCAUGGAUUGAUAUUAGUUGCCGUUGGUGGUUUUAUGUGCAUAGCUGAAAAGAAAUUAAGCAAAAUCAAAGAAGAAAUUUUUAAUUUAUUCUUUGGUGGCCGUUACAUUAUACUUCUGAUGGGACUGUUCUCAAUAUAUACUGGUUUCAUAUAUAAUGAUGUUUUUUCAAAAUCCAUGAACAUUUUCGGUUCGUCAUGGUAUGUACGCUAUAACACUUCUACAGUACUUACAAAUCCUGGUGGCUUGCAAAUGGAUCCACGUUAUCACGUUAACGGCACAUAUGUAAUGGGUAUGGAUCCAAUUUGGCAGUUAGCAGAUAAUAAGAUUAUAUUUCUUAACAGCUAUAAAAUGAAAUUGUCUAUCAUUUUUGGAGUAGUGCAUAUGGUUUUCGGUAUAUGCAUGUCGUUGAUUAAUUUCAGUUAUUUCAAACAACCCAUGAACAUGCUUCUUCAAUUUUUGCCACAAGUACUCUUUCUCUUACUACUUUUCGGCUAUAUGGUAUUCAUGAUGUUCUUUAAAUGGGCAAAAUAUUCCGGUGAUGCCACCGAUGUGGCCCUCGGACCUGGCUGUGCUCCAUCUAUUUUGAUACUUUUUAUUAAUAUGGUAUUAUUUGGUAGUCAAGAGCCAUUGAAGGGAUGUAAGGAAUACUUGUUUGAUGGUCAAAAGGAAUUACAAACAAUUUUCGUGAUAGUCGCUGUAGUUUGUAUACCCUGGAUGCUUUUGGGAAAACCAUUCUACAUUAUGUGUACCAGAAAAAAUAAACCUAGCAAAGAACUCAGUCAUGAAAAUGGCGCUGUAGAAAAUGGGAAACCUUCGUCAGCACCACCAGCUGGUGGACAUGGCCAUGGUGACGAUGAGCCCAUGAGUGAAGUUUUUAUACAACAAGCCAUACAUACUAUCGAAUACGUACUGAGUACGAUCUCGCAUACGGCCUCAUAUUUGCGAUUGUGGGCUUUGUCACUAGCACACGCACAGCUUUCUGAGGUGUUAUGGACUAUGGUGCUUAGUGCGAGCUUCGGAAUGCCAAAUUACGCUGGAAGCAUCUUGAUAUAUGUGAUUUUUGGAGCUUGGUCAGGUUUAACUGUGGGCAUCUUAGUACUUAUCGAAGGUUUAUCUGCAUUUUUGCAUACCCUACGUUUGCAUUGGGUCGAAUUUAUGAGCAAAUUUUAUAUAGGCGAAGGUUAUGCUUUCAUGCCUUUCAGUUUUCGUACAAUUUUAGACUCAGAAAAUGCAGAAUAA